UUGAACAAUGUCCAUUUUCCUCCUUCCUUCUCCUUCUCUCUCUAGAUCCUAGCCAACAGAUUUCCUAGAUCUUCCACUAGUUUUCAAAUCUCCCUUCACAAAUUCAAACUUCAAUGCACACAGCAACUUUCCAGCUUUAAUUUACCAAACAUAUAUUAUAUACACACACUCUUUAUAUUUCGAAUGCUCAUCAAUGCACUGAAGCAGCAGUACCGUCUCCGUCGGUUACGCGGGCCAAGUUUAAAUUGAUUCCGGCAUUUUCGAUCGUCGGCGGGAGGUGUGGAUCGGCGGAUGAUGACUAAGAGAUCAGGUGUAGGGCAGGCGCCGGCGGAGAUUAACGGUGGUAAUGGAAUCGAGGAGUAUGCGGCGGAUGAUGAUGAGUUGAGAGAUAAUGGAGUGGAGUAUGAAUCGUCGUCGAGAGGGAGCCGAUUCAAUUUGAUCCGGAACGCGGUAGGACUGGCGUCGACUCGCCGGACGUCUAGCCGACAGACAUUCAUCGACGGCUUGAGAGAUCUCUCGCGUGGUCGCGUCAUUCUUCCCGAUAACAGGUUUCGUCGAGCAUGGGAGAAGUUCAUCCUAGUGUGGGCAAUGUACUCGUCAUUCUUUACACCAAUGGAGUUUGGGUUCUUCAGAGGAUUGCCGAGGAAGCUCUUAUUCUUGGACAUUUGCGGUCAGAUAGCUUUCCUGGUUGACAUUAUCUUGCAUUUUUUUGUUGCAUAUAGAGAUAGUCAAACGUAUCGGAUGGUCUUCAAGCGUACACCUAUCGCCCUCCGGUAUCUGAAGUCUUAUUUUAUCAUUGAUCUUCUCAGUUGCAUGCCUUGGGAUAUCAUCUAUAAGGCUUCAGGAAGGAAAGAGGAAUUGAGGUAUCUUCUUUGGAUUCGGUUGAGCCGGGUGCGCAUAGUCGAUAAUUUCUUCCAGAAGCUAGAAAAAGAUAUUCGGAUCAAUUAUCUGUUUACAAGGAUAGUAAAACUCAUUGCAGUAGAAAUCUAUUGCACCCAUACAGCAGCCUGCAUCUUUUACUACUUGGCCACUACUCUGCCUGAAGACAGAGAAGGCUACACAUGGAUUGGGAGUUUGAAAUUGGGUGACUUUAGCUACUCAAACUUCAGAGAGAUUGACAUCUGGAAACGCUACACAACUUCUAUGUACUUUGCCGUUGUCACCAUGGCAACAGUUGGAUAUGGAGACAUACAUGCAGUCAAUCUUAGAGAAAUGAUAUUUGUCAUGAUUUAUGUCUCCUUUGACAUGGUUCUUGGUGCCUAUCUUAUUGGUAAUAUGACGGCACUAAUUGUAAAAGGAUCAAAGACUGUAAGAUACAGGGAUAAGAUGACAGAUCUAAUAAAGUUUGUGAACAGAAACAAACUUGGAAGGGAUAUCCGUAGUCAAAUUAAAAGUCACUUGCGUUUACAGUAUGAAAGUAGUUACACUGAUGCAGCUGUUCUCCAGGAUAUCCCUGUCUCCAUACGUGCCAAGAUUUCACAGUCUCUAUACCAGUCUUAUAUUGAAAAUAUCCCUCUUUUGAAAGGGUGCUCCUCAGAGUUAAUCAAUCAGAUUGCAAUUAAAGUCCAUGAAGAAUUUUUCCUUCCAGGAGAAGUGAUUAUGGAACAGGGAAACGUAAUAGACCAACUUUAUUUCGUCUGCCAUGGUUUGUUGGAGGAAGUUGGCAUUGAGAAAGAUGGAUCAGAAGAGACAGUGGCCAGUCUAGAGCCCAAUAGCUCAUUUGGUGAAGUUUCCAUUCUUUGCAACAUCCCCCAACCAUAUACAGUUCGUGUUCGUGAACUAUGCAGACUCUUACGGAUUGAUAAACAGUCAUUCUCCAAUAUUCUUGACAUUUUUUUUCAUGAUGGCAGAAGAAUCUUGAAUAACUUGUUAGAGGGAAAGGAGUCUAAUACUCGCAUUAAACAAUUGGAAUCUGAUGUCUCAUUUCAUAUUGGGAAGCAAGAGGCGGAACUUGCUUUGAAAGUCAAUAACACAGCUUUUCAUGGUGAUCUGCAUCAGCUUAAAAGUCUCAUUAGAGCUGGAGCUGACCCCAACAACAAAGAUUAUGAUGGAAGAUCCCCCCUGCAUCUUGCUGCAUCUACAGGGUAUGAAGCUAUUGCUCUUUACCUUAUCCAACAAGGUGUUGAUCUUAAUGCACCAGAUAACUUUGGGAAUACACCUUUACUUGAAGCCAUCAAGAAUGGACAUGACCGUGUUGCUUCAGUGCUUGUUAAAGAAGGUGCGAGUUUGAAGAUUGAGAAUGCGGGUAGCUUCUUAUGUGAGAUUGUUGUUAGGGGGGAUUCUGAUAUUUUACGAAGGCUAUUAUCCUAUGGUGUUGAUCCAAACUCCAAAGACUAUGAUCACCGGACGCCUCUUCAUGUAGCUGCUUCUCAGGGUUUAUAUUCAAUGGCAAAGCUGCUUCUAGGAGCUGGUGCUUCUGUUUUCUCAAAGGACAGAUGGGGAAAUACUCCAGUUGAUGGAGCAAGAACAAGCGGGAACAAGCAGCUGAUUGACCUUCUGGAAGAAGCAACAUCUGCUAAACUCUCUGAAUUUCCUGGAUACUAUGAAGAUAGUGCAGAAAAAACACACCGAAGAAAAUGCACAGUAUUUCCUUUUCACCCAUGGGAGCCAAAGGAUGCUAUGAGAAAGCAUGGAGUUGUACUUUGGGUUCCGCAGAGUAUUAAAGAGCUGGUAGAAAUAGCAUCAACGCAGCUUCAACUUACUUCUGCCUCAUGUAUACUAACAGAAGAUGGAGGUAAAAUUCUAGAUACAGAUAUGAUUUCUGAUGGACAAAAGCUGUAUUUGAUCACCACUGAAACACAAUGAAAUUUCAUUCCCCCGUCCCUGUAAAUAGGUUAUCCUUAGCAUGUAAGCUAUUAUGUUGUUACACGUACACAUUGAGUGCAAAUAAACAAAAAUGGUUAGACCUCAUA